UUCAAAUUAAAACCACAAAAUGGGGAUAAAGAAGGACAAGGCAGCCGAGAAGGUGUACGACAUCUCGGAGGUGACGGACUACUUCGGGAGGUUUCAGAAAUUGCAGUUUCUUUACUGCUGUCUGCCGGCCAUAUUCGUCACCAUGAUUAAUAUUAACUAUGUGUUCGCUGUCGGCGAUGUUAACUACAGAUGUCGCAUCCCAGAAUGCGACGGCAACCAGCCAGAAUACUCUCAACCGUGGUGGCCUGGCUCCGUAGAUCGGUGCUAUCGCCCUGUCCUGGAAGAUCAUUGGAAUGGAACCUGUUCGAACACCAGCUUCACUGGCGCUGUGGAGAAAUGCAGUUCUUGGGUCUAUGAGAGUAACAACACAGUGGUGGCUGAGCUAGACUUGGCCUGCCAGCCGUGGAAGUCCAACCUCGUCGGAACCGUGCACAGCGCGGGAAUGGUCUUAUCUAUGACUAUCACUGGAUGGAUGACUGACAAGUUUGGCCGCAAGCCAACGCUGGUGAUCUGCUCCAUCGGCGGUAUCCUGGGCCACCUGAAGACCUUCGUCUCCGCCUACUACCAAUACAUCAUUAUAGAGUUCUUCGAAGCUGCUAUCACGGGCGGGACUUAUUCUGCCGCUAUGGUUAUCAUGAUAGAAAGCAGCGGCAAAAACCAAAGAGUCUUAGCGGGCGUGAUCUUCGCAUACGCCGUUUAUGUCGGCGAAGUUAUCUUCGCCUGCAUCGCCAUGGUCAGCUCCUACUGGAAGACCCUCAUCCGGAUCAUCUGCAGCCCGCCCAUCCUCUUCCUCACUUACACCUUCCUCAUUAGAGAGAGCCCGCGAUGGCAGAUUUUAAAUAACAAAAUCAAACAAGCCAAAGAAACCUUACUAGUAAUAGCUGAUACGAAUAAGCUGAACAUAUAUCGCCAUGACUUUAUCAAUAUAGACGAGGCAAAGCUAAAGAAUAAGUUUAACUUGGGAGCGUACGAAAAGAAGGAAUCUUGGAAAAGGGUGUUCACGUCUAAAGAGAUUUGGAAGAGGUUGCUAGUUUUGAUGGUGUGUAGAUUCACGGCGUCGUUUGUGUACUAUGGGCUGAUGGUAAACUCUGUAUGGCUGCCUGGGAAUAAGUAUACGAACUUCUUGCUGGCGACGGUGAUGUCUUUUCCCGGGGAGUUAGUGGCGCUGGUGCUGAUGAACAAGUGUGGGAGGCGGUUGCCCUUGGUGUAUGGGUAUAUUUUAUGUGGCGCGCUUUGCAUCGGUUCUGCGUGCGUGCCUGAAGACGCUGUCUGGGCCAAGAUAACCCUGUUCCUGCUGGGUAAGAUGUUCAUCGCCGCCUGCUUCACGGGUGCCAUCACCUACACCAUGGAGCUGUUCCCGACCAGCGCCCGUGGCACCCUGAUGGGGCUGUGCUCGUUCAUGUCCAGGGUUGGAGGGAUGCUGGCACCUAUCACGCCAAUCUUGACACCUAUACAUCCCGCGCUACCAGCCUGCUUUUUCGGCGCUUCAGCUUUCCUGUCCGGAAUCUGCCUACUUUUCACCCCGGAAACCCGCAAUCUGCCCCUGAUGGACACCGUCGACCAAGUUGAGAUUAGCGUCAAACAAGCAAAACAAGAGAAGAAAGGACAAGGAAGCGAGAAUCCAGGGUUUGAGGAUACUGCUGUUACAAGCCUUUGAGACUCUUCGGUUCAUUUUAGAGAUAAGCUACCGACUGAUGUGGAAUAUUAGACAAAGCUUUACCAAAAACAAAA